CAGCCAUUGCCGCCAUGAUUCCGGUGUCGCUGGUGGUGGUGGUGGUGGGUGGCUGGACUGCCGUCUACCUGACCGACUUGGUGCUGAAGUCAUCAGUCUACUUUAAACAUUCUUAUGAAGACUGGCUAGAAAACAAUGGAUUGAGCAUCUCCCCGUUUCACAUAAGAUGGCAAACUGCAGUUUUCAAUCGUGCCUUUUACAGUUGGGGUCGACGGAAAGCAAGGAUGCUUUACCAGUGGUUCAAUUUUGGAAUGGUGUUUGGCGUAAUUGCCAUGUUUAGCUCGUUUUUUCUCCUUGGAAAAACGCUGAUGCAGACUUUGGCACAAAUGAUGGCUGAUUCUCCCUCUUCUUAUUCUUCUUCCUCUUCUUCCUCCUCUUCUUCCUCUUCCUCCUCCUCUUCAUCCUCUUCCUCUUCAUCCUCCUCAGCUCUUCACAAUGAACAGGUGCUACAAGUUGUAGUUCCUGGCAUAAAUUUACCCGUGAAUCAACUGACCUAUUUCUUUGCUGCAGUCCUCAUUAGUGGUGUUGUACAUGAAAUUGGACAUGGGAUUGCAGCCAUUAGGGAACAAGUUCGAUUCAAUGGCUUUGGAAUUUUUCUCUUCAUUAUUUAUCCUGGAGCUUUUGUUGAUCUAUUCACCACUCAUUUGCAACUUAUAUCACCAGUCCAGCAGCUAAGAAUAUUUUGUGCAGGUAUCUGGCAUAAUUUUGUCCUUGCAAUCUUAGGUAUUUUAGCGCUUGUUCUCCUCCCAGUAAUUCUCUUGCCAUUUUACUACACUGGAGUCGGAGUGCUUAUCACUGAAGUCGCUGAGGACUCACCUGCCAUUGGACCCAGAGGCCUUUUUGUGGGAGACCUUGUCACCCACCUACAGGACUGUCCUGUUACCAAUGUACAAGACUGGAAUGAAUGUCUAGAUACUAUCGCCUAUGAGCCCCAAAUUGGCUAUUGUAUAAGUGCAUCAACUUUACAGCAGUUAAGCUUCCCAGUUAGAGCAUACAAACGGCUAGAUGGUUCCACGGAAUGCUGUAACAAUCACAGCCUCACAGAUGUGUGCUUUUCCUAAAAAAAUAAUUUUAAUAAGCGUUUGCACACAUGUCUACCUGCCCGGAAAGCAGUUGAAGCCACCCAAGUUUGUAGAACCAAUAAAGAUUGUAAAAAAAGCUCAAGUUCAAGCUUCUGUAUAAUACCUUCUUUGGAAACUCACACUCGCUUAAUAAAAGUGAAACACCCACCUCAAAUUGAUAUGCUGUAUGUAGGACAUCCACUGCAUCUUCACUACACAGUGAGCAUCACCAGUUUUAUCCCACGUUUCAACUUUUUGAGCAUAGAUCUGCCAGUGGUUGUGGAGACAUUUGUCAAGUAUCUGAUUUCCCUCUCGGGAGCUCUGGCUAUUGUUAAUGCAGUACCCUGCUUUGCUUUAGAUGGGCAGUGGAUUUUAAACUCGUUCCUGGAUGCUACCCUUACCUCAGUGAUUGGAGACAAUGAUGUCAAAGAUCUCAUCGGAUUUUUUAUCUUGCUUGGUGGCAGUGUACUUUUGGCUGCCAAUGUGACCCUGGGACUCUGGAUGGUUACAGCACGGUAAUAUUUGCUCUCAUCUGACCAAAUCUCUUGAGUUACAACAUUCAGCUAUGUGGUAAUAUCCAUUGCCAUUGAAAUCCUUACUUGGUAUGAAAUAUGAAGUAUUUCCUUAAAAUUACAUCCUAGCCAACAACUUUGAGCUUCUCCUAUAUCCAGAGUAACCACACUCUGUAGUGGAGAAUAAGCAGAAAAAGUGAAAGACAGUCCCUGACUACAUUCUAGUUUUAAAGACUGAGUGUACAUACCUCGGAAGCUUGUGGAACAAUUUAUAAAUAAGUGCAAGUUCAUGUAGUACCAUUUUGUGUGACUACAUGUUAUUUUGAAAUAGUAUACAGAAGAACAGGAUGGGGUGAAAUUAAUCAGAAAAAGUUUAUUGAAAAAGCAUCAUUAAUCAAGAUUUGAAGACCAACCAGACAUUGGCCAAGAGGAAGGAUGAGUGUUUUCUUGGCCUAUAUCUCUUGUCCUUUGUCUUGUUUGAAAAGUUUUUGAAAACUUAAUGGUAUGGUUUUUUUUGCUCUGAAAACUGAGAUCUGAUCAAAAUUAAGUUAAUAAAAUUGUUUGAAGGAAUCUGCUGACAUUAAAGGGAAAAUCUUUGUCAAAUGAUACCAAAUAAAUGAACAAAGUAGGAAGUAGGGCCUAUGAUAUCCUAAGACAUGCUUUGUCCUACAGAGUUGCCUCUUUGAUAACGUGUCUCUGCACCCCAUAAAGCAUAAAGCAGCACAAGCCUUGACAUUUAGAGUGCUGCAGGAAGUGUCUCACACCAGCAGGUAGCGUAUGAGUUGAGAUAGUUAGUGUUGAACCUCAGAACUAAGUUGGGUGUUCUGACCAAUCAUAAGACAGACCACAGAUUCUUCAGCAGUCCUGGUUAUCAUUCUCUAUAGAGCUUUGAACCCUGGACUCCUGGGGUAGAUAUUUUCUCCUGUGCUCUAGCUCCUGGAUCCUAUCUUCAGGAAGCAAUGACCUUUAAACCCUGAGCCAUACUCUGUCCUCACCAGCAGCUCCCAUGUUUCUUUGUGUCAGGUGAUUUAACACCUAGUCUUUGUUGUCUGUCUCUCCCCUGAGCUACCUCUGUGGGUCCACAGAGGACUUGGUAGUUUACAAUGAGAAUGGCUGCACAUGAGGGCAAACAUGUUGUCAGAAAGCCAUACCAGGUUCAAGACCUGGUGGGGUGGGAGGAAGUCCUGGGACACAUGGGGAAUCAGGCUGGUGUGAAGCUGUUGGUCUUAGAAGUGUAUGAGCAUGCUGCUUCUUUGAUGAAAAGUACACACUUCUUACACCUACUCAAGAAGUGAUAAAAGGCAAUAACUCAUUAUAGCCAUGUAUCCAACUUCUUCACUAUGAUAUAUUCGUGGGGUUACCUUUUCCAGAUCGUUGAUUUGCUUUUUAAGCACUAAAUCUUUUUAAUCAUUUUUAAUAAACUUUUUAGAUUUAUUACAAAUUUACCUUCUUAAACAGAAAUUAUAUAUGGAAUAUAUUAUUUUAACAUUUUAUUAAUAACAGGUCAUCAGUUAAUAUCAGUGCUAAAACCAUACGAAUUGUUGGUUUAUCCCACAAAACUUGGCAUUUGUUCUGUACUGAGGUAAACAGUCCGUAUCAAAGUGUGGUAGCAAAGUAGUACUCAGACUUUUUUAGGUAACAGCUUGGAAAAUGCCAUUGACUGCUUACAUCAUUACUUCAGUUACAUAAACCAAGCAAUUUACUAAGAUAAUUGUAUAUGUGCAAGUCAGUUAUUUUAAAAUAACUGACAAAAUAAUACAAUAAAGGAAAUCCUGAACAUAAAUUUCUUUUUCUGGGUAAAAACAAAAUAAGACAAAACCAAAACUCGCUUUAUUUUAGCUAUUAAACACCUUGUUCUGUUGGUUCAUAGGGUCAGGGUUUGGGAACCACUCUAGGAAACUGAGCACGUUGGUACUAUUUGUUUAGACAUGGCCUCAUUGUAUAAGAAUGGUAAGCUGUGUGUGGUUUCAUCAGCUUGAUUGUGGACACUUCUAGAGCAAGGACCAUGUCAUAUUCAUCUUUGUACUCUGGCACAGUGCAUGAGAUAUCAUAGUACUUAAUAAGUGUGGUUGAAUGGAUAAUGAUUAGUGUUAUUUAUGGAUUAGAAAAGCAUGUUUCUAUUUAAGUAAGCUGUAAAAAGUAUUAUUAAUAUUUACUGUAAAUACAUGUUAACAUAAAAAAACUUUGAAGAUCUUUGUGUCCCUAGUGUACUAUCAUCUUUAUAGAAAGAAUCCAUUUCUGUUUCUAUAGAGCAAUUAGAAAAAUGAAUUAUUUUGAAGAUUUGAAGAAAGUGUUCUUUAUGUGUUGUCACUUUGUUCCCUAGUAAAACUUGAUUCUCAGUGUUCUUACUCUGCAUUGUUUACAUUUUUGAGAGUUUUUAAAAUCACCUGCAGUUUGAAAAGAAUGUACAUAUUCUUUUCAGCAUCUCAGUUUGAAAAGACAUGCAGUUGAACUUAACCUUUUGAUAAUCGCUCUUACAGGUCGUUGUUCUAACAGCCAAUUGUAAACAUGUUUCAUAGAUAUGUGGGUCUUGGUCAUCAUUCUAUCCUGUGGUAUUUCUCAAAUGUCCAUAAUGGUGCACAGGUUUUUGUUUCUGUUUUUGUUUUUUUCUGCAAAUCUUUUGACUGUGUUGUAAUUCAUUCUUUAGCUUUAACUUGAAGAUUUAAUUGCUGGCAUUUGAUGUUUAGCAAGAGAAUAAUAAAUGUAUA